GUGGCGUCAUCCUCUAUGUGGGUUCAACAGCUGGCUCCAGCCCCACUCCAGGCAGCCCUCCCAGUGGAUACCUGGUGUCUUCACCCCAACACUCGCUGCCAUCCUCGUUAGAAGAGCUGACCCUCACUGAGAUUGGAGCCAUCAAGCCGCAGCAGGCCAGCUCCCCCUCUUCACCCAAGGUAGCCUUCCAGUUUCCUGAAGGGAUCUGCUACCCCAGCAAGGGCCAGCUGCCCCCAACACCAAAUAAGGUGCCUGCCACCAAGCAGAAUGGAGCUACCAGCACAUUCACAAAGACUGGUGGGAUGGUGUUGCUUUGCAAAGUUUGUGGAGACAUUGCUUCAGGCUUCCACUAUGGGGUUCAUGCUUGUGAAGGAUGUAAGGGUUUUUUCCGCCGGAGCAUCCAGCAGAACAUCAACUACAAGAUGUGCGUGAAGAAUGAAAACUGCAUGAUCAUGCGUAUGAAUCGCAACCGCUGCCAGCAUUGCCGCUUCAAGAAAUGUCUGGCGGUGGGGAUGUCAAGGGAUGCUGUGCGUUUUGGGCGCAUCCCUAAGCGAGAGAAGCAGCGCCUGCUGGACGAGAUGCAGAGCUACAUGAACAGCCUGAAUGAGGUCCCCAUGGAUGUGGGCCUGAGCUCUGAGGCGGAUGCUCCACCCAGCCCUAACACCCAGGAAGAGGAGGCAAUAAAUGCCAUCUCCAGGGCUUACCACGACAUCUUCCUCAGCGGGCAGGACCGCCUGGGCAGGCGUAGUAGCUCCCCAGGGGCCGAGGCUGCCCCUUUGACCAACUUCAAUGAACAGCCGCAGCUGAACCCUUCCCUGGGUUAUGGGCAGUACGAAUCAGCCACUCUUCGCCUCUCCAGCUACAGCCCUCAAGAACCACCCUGUUAUGUUGACAACAGCCCCUCGUGCUAUGGCAAUGAUAUCUUCCAGACCCAGCAGUCCAAUUAUCUGCAAAAUGCUGGAUGCUACCCAUCCUUUGAUUUUGGUUAUUCUGAGGGAAAUGCCCAGAGGAGCUGUCCAUGGCGGGGAACCACCAGAAGAGGCAUUGCUUGUCCUCUGAAUGCCACCCCUUAUUGUGGCAGCGGCAAGAGCAGUCAGCAAGUGUGGGAAGAGUUCUUACAAUGCUUCACACCAGCUGUCAAGGAGGUGGUCGAGUUUGCCAAGAGCAUCCCGGGCUUCCAGUCACUCUGCCAGCAGGAUCAAGUCAUGCUCCUCAAAGCGGGCACUUUCCAGGUGCUGAUGGUGCGCUUCUCCACCCUCUUCAGCCCCAAGGAGAAGAAAGUAACAUUUCUGAGUGGGGAAACCUAUUCACUCGGCAGCCUGCGUUCCAUGGGCAUGGGCUCUCUGCUGGAUGCCAUGUUUGAGUUCAGCGAGAAGCUCAGUUCCUUGGGCUUAGAUCCACAAGAGAUGGCCCUCUUCAUGGCUGUGGUCCUUGUCUCAGCAGAUCGCUCCGGGAUCUCCGACGUGGAUGCUGUUGAAAUUCUUCAGGAGACUUUAAUCCGGGCCUUGAGAACUCUGGUAACCAAGAAGCAUCCGGAUGACUCCACGCUUUUCCCCAAGCUGCUUCUCCGUCUCCCCGACUUGAGAACUCUCAACAAGCAGCAUUCAGAGAAACCUCUUGCCUUCUGGAUCAACCCUUAAUUCCAGCACAUCGAUCUCAUACGUCCCUCAGACUUUUUUAGGAAAGAAAGAAAGAAAAAAUCCACCAUCAAGUAAAUUUACUGCAGCGGACUAAAUGUUGCUCUUUGGGAAAUGACUGUAAUGAUGAAAUAAGAGGUGUAGAAAGGACACGACAAAGGCAGGAAGCCCACGGCCCCUGGCAGCUCGUUGGAGUAGAUCCAGUGAGGAGAGAGAUGGGAGAAAGGAGGAAGGAUGCAUUUCCCAGAUAGCGCUCUCCACAGCACAAUGCAGACUGAAGAUCAUUUACGUGCCAAGAGAGAUCAGGCAAACAAACUGGACGCAUCUGUUGUUUCUAAACGGGUGUGGGUGUGUAUACACACGCAUGCAUAUAUUCACACAUAUAUUUCCAUACAGUGUUGUUUUGAGGCUCUGCCCUGUAUAUAAAAAAGCACCAGCUACAUUGUACAUAACAGUAAUUCUUGGUAGCUCUUAAGGGUGGGGCAAAUGUAGGACCACCUGGUAAGGCAGUUACUCCCAAACCUAGCUUCCUUAAUCUGCAUGCUAGUGUAGCCCCAAUUUCAAAACUUUUCCCCCCCUGUUCCUUUGUUAGCCUCUGUUCCCUUGCUGCUGUUCUCAGAAAGAGGUUUUAACUAAGUAGAUGGUCUCAUCAAAUAGGAACUAAAACUACUUAGGUUUUCCACCCCAUCUCAUCUCGGCAACCGAUUAAGCAAAGCCCCAAUUCUCUUUCAUCUUGUCAGGUAACCCAUAUUUCAUAAAGAUCUCCAGCAAAAAUGCAAAAGGUCUUCCACCAGUUUGUGGCAGAUUUGCUCUCCGUUUCUCUACAGCAAAUUAGAGAGAAGUCGUAAGAGGAGGAAAGCUAUGGAGAUGCUGUCAGUCGAUCGGAAGUCUAGUUUUCCAGCAAGGGAUAGGAACUUGAUUGUAGUUGGAUGAUUCAAAAGAGCCACAGGUAACCCUUGACUUAACAACAGUUCAUUUAGUGACAGAUGCUUGGCAACUGAUUUACAUUUAUGAUGGUUGCAGU